UUUCACAUUACAAAUGUAAAAUUCUGACUGAAUUUAUGACGUGUAUUUAAAAUUUAAGGUUCCUAUCAAUGUUUUGGAAGUUAGUGGAUUUUAUUUUUCACAAUUUCCCAUUUACUUCACUACGUUUAGUAGCUUUAGUAGAGUUAGAUUUUUUUUUUUUUUGGUAGAAUUGCCUCUCGUGACGUGUUUUUCUAGAUACAACACAAAUUAGAGCAAAAUAGGUUAAAAUCGGGAAGUGAUCGAUGCGGGAUCUGAUUGACGAGCCAACAUUUUGAAUAAUUGAUGACUCAGCAGUCAGUCUGACAGCUGGUUGCCAGGACGACCAGCAGACCGACUGCUGUUUGCACUAUGAUGCGUUCAGGGGCGGAGCUGAUUUCCGGACAAACUGUUGCUGGAGUGAAUCGGCGCAGGAAGAAGCGAGGGGAGGCUGCAGCAGCAGGCAGCCGGUCCGUGUGCCUCGCUGCUCUCCAGGUGACAGAUGCACCUGGUGCUCACCUGGGACUGAACACAAACAGACGCGCAGAAUGGCGGCACAGCCUCCCGUCCUGACGGAGCAGCAGGAGCUUCAGAGACGGGCCAAUCAGGUCACAGAUGAGUCUCUGGAGAGCACUCGGAGGAUGGUGCAGCUGGUGGAGGAGAGCAAGGACGCCGGGAUCCGAGCGCUGGUGAUGCUGGACGAACAAGGAGAGCAACUGGAGCGGGUGGAAGAAGGCCUGGACCAGAUCAACUCUGACAUGAAGGAGGCUGAGAAGAACCUGACCGACCUGGCCAAGUGCUGUGGCCUCUGCUCCUGUGAGAAGCUGAAGGCCUUCGAGGAGAGCGGAGCUUACAAAGCUGUGUGGGGUGGAGCUGGCGGACAAGAUGGCGUCGUCUCGGAUCAGCCGCCAUCGUCCCGCGUGGUUGAUGAGCGGGAGCAAAUGAUCAUGAGCGGAGGAUACAUACGUAGGGUGACGAACGACGCCAGGGAGGACGAGAUGGAGGAGAACCUGGCUCACGUGGGCAGCAUUCUGGGGAACCUGAAGAGCAUGGCGCUGGACGUGGGCAACGAAAUCGACACGCAGAACGUGCAGAUCGAGCGCAUUCAGGGCAAGGCCAUUCUCAAUGUGUCUCGCAUCAACGCCGCCAACCAGAAAGCCAACAACCUGAUGAAGCGAUAGAGCUGCUGUCCUCUCCUUCCUGCUCCUGCAUGUGCCAACUGUAGCGCCUCUCUCACUUUCACUGUCACUUUUUAUCAUAGAAGAAUAUAUUUGAUAAGACUGUCGCUAACACCUGUGCUAACAACUUUCUGUGUGCUAAUAA